AUGCGCGUGGUCUCUCGCCUUCUCGCCGAACCAGCAACGCAGCCAUUCCGACCAGGGCGACGUCCUCCAGCUCUUGCCCUCCUCCCCCCCGUCCCUCUGUAUCGCCGCUUGCUACGCAUCCAUCGGAAGAAACUGGGCCCAGAGGAGCGGGUAUUUGGUGACACAUAUCUCAAAGCCGAGUUCCGACGUCACCGAGAUAUCGAGAACCCGCUGCACAUCGUAGGCUUUCUGACCGAAUGGCAACAAUACGGUCAAAUGCUGGAAGGUGAGGACUGGAAGGAAGGCAAGAUCGAUACCGGUCUCUUGGACAAACUCAGUGACCAGCAAGUGGGGCAGAUGUAUGAGCUCAUGCAAGCUAUACAGAAGAGAGGCAGGGACAGCGUCGACGAGGAAGAAGAGCAAAGGCUGCUGCAAGCCAUCGACGACACCUCAGGGCCCGAGAAGAAGGACUCAUAA